AUCCUGUCUUUAGGUGCUGGCUUUGACUCCUUAUACUUCCGUUUGAAGGACAUGGGUCUUCUGCAUCACACUGUGGUAUAUGAGGUGGAUUUCCCAAAUGUGGCAUGUCAAAAAGCUACUUUGAUCAAAAGAAUGAAAGAGUUGUCGGCACUGGUGGGAGAUACUGGAGGGGAAGGAUUAGGAGUAAUUACCUUUUCUGGAGAGGAUUAUAAAUUACUGGGAGUGGAUUUAUCAGAGCUGUCUGAGUUGGAGAGAGCCCUGGAGGAAGCAGGACUGGACAAUGAAAUCCCCACCCUCUUCAUAGCAGAGGUGGUGCUCACCUACAUGGAAAAUAGCAGGUCAGAUGCCUUGAUCCAGUGGGCAGCAGAGCAUUUCUCCCAGGCGUGCUUUCUGCUGUAUGAGCAGAUGCACCCAGAGGACCCCUUUGGACGUGUCAUGCAGCAGCAUUUUAGCCAGCUGAACUCUGCACUUCAUUCUUUGGCACAGUACCCUGAUUGUGAGGCACAGCAGAGGCGCUUUUUUGAAAAGGGCUGGACUGAGUGCAGUGUCAUGGAUAUGAAUGAGUUUUUCAUCUGUUGUACUCCAGAAGAUGAGCAGCAAAGAGUGCAGGCUCUGGAGCCUUUUGAUGAAUAUGAGGAAUGGCAUCUGAAAUGUUCUCAUUACUUUGUUUUGACUGCAUCAAACGGGAUGGAACCUUCCUGGACUCCAUUGUUAUCCAAUAUGACAG